CAUCAUCGUCACCAUCAUCAAAUGGGAGGAGCGCAGGCACCCCAGUGUGUGUUGUAGGUUGUAGAGGGCCGCAUCGCGCUGCAGAUGAAGCAUGACAGGCGAUUGCGAGACAAAGCCAGGUGACCAAGACGAAAAUGAAAGUAUUAAUCGGCAUCCUUUCCUCAUUGGUGUGGCUGGAGGGACAGCCAGUGGCAAGUCGUCGGUGUGCAGCAAGAUCAUGGAUCUGCUGGGCCAGAACGAGAUUGACCACCACCAGCGGCAAGUUGCCAUCCUCAGCCAAGACAGCUUCUACAGGGUCCUCACCCUAGAGCAGAAGGCCAAGGCACUCAAGGGCCAGUUCAACUUCGACCACCCAGAUGCAUUUGACAAUGACCUCAUAAUCACGACUUUGUGGAACAUCAAGGAGGGAAAAACAGUACACAUCCCCGUUUAUGACUUUGUUUCCCAUUCCAGGAAGGAAGAGACGGUGACAGUGUACCCUGCUGAUGUGGUGUUGUUUGAGGGCAUCCUGAUGUUCUAUUCUCAGGAGAUCCGAGACUUAUUCCAAAUGAAACUGUUUGUGGACACCGACGCAGAUACACGUCUAUCUCGAAGAGUGCUGCGUGAUAUAAGUGAACGUGGACGGGACUUGGAAAGCGUUCUAGCACAGUACAUUACUUUUGUCAAGCCUGCAUUUGAGGAGUUCUGUCUGCCAACAAAGAAAUAUGCUGAUGUGAUCAUACCGAGAGGAGUUGACAAUCUUGUUGCCAUAAAUCUCAUAGUUCAGCACAUCCAGGAUAUUUUAAACGGUGGUUUGACCAAACGGCUGAACGGGUGCAUUAAUGGUCAUGGAACAACAAAGAACCAGCCAAACGAUUCCAGCAGUCAGCUCCACUGAGCAGCUCUCCCCAAAGAGAGAAAGGAGGGUUUACCGGUACAUGCCAAAUUUGCUCUACCUUGCGGCUAACAAGGCAGGAGUAAUUUGCCAGGGAAUCAAAAGGCCUCUUUUUGCUAUCCUUUGUGUAGCUGGUUUAAAGCAUUCGUAUUCAGUUCUAGUUUUCUCUAUAGCUUGUGUACUGUAUGAGAUGGAAGAAUAGAAAUACAAAGGGACUAACUUGUAAUUUAAUUUAAAACUGCUGCUUGCCUUUAACACAGCACUGAAACUAAUUAAAGAAGUUUUUGUGUCUAAAAAAGUUUCAACACAUGACCGCCUUUAACCAUACAAUAAAUGGAGUGUAGCAAUAUACUGUUUUACAGCCUUACCCUAUCUCACUACCGUUAAAGGCUAAUUCCCUUUAUCAAUGCAACCUGACAAUUUUUUUUUUCAAGCGCUGUAUUGAAAUAAUGUACUAUAGAUUGAAAUUUUUUGUUUGUUUCACGUUGCCCCAAGCUGCACUUGCUUUGUCUUGUCUAAAACUAACAAACUAAAUACGUUAUUAGUCAAAUAAAACAACUGAUUCCCACCUCAAAUCAUCUUGAUGUAUGACAUCACCAAAAAAUAUUUGUACCGUCUUUGUGGACUGAUUUUUUUUAUUUCAAUGUGAUACUGACAUUACAUUAAUUCAUUUAAUAAGAUGUUGGUAACAAAGAACAAUGACUUAUGUUAUGAAAUUACAUUAAGUUAUUAAGUAUUACUUUUCUUUGAUUCCCAUAAACUUGAAUCGUCAGAUACUAAUGUAUGCAAUGUUCAUGUGAAAUACACUGAAAGUGUUACUAAAUGCAUUGAACUAUAAAAUGUCAAGUUAAAGAUACCCAAUGUUAAUCUGUUCUGUAAAUGAUGUUUAAUGGAGUUUUCUUCCUGUAUACAUUUUUCACAUGAUAAAGUUCUCAGGUACUGUUUGCUUGAAGUGA